CUGAAACGCGCGGCUUCGGGCUUGUCGCAACACAACACGGUGACGUAGCCUAGCCUACGUAACGUGGCGUAUCAGCACCGACGCAGGUGUACACAUUUUGCGCGCGCCAAUUAUCGCGAAGGAUCCGCGUUUUGAGCUCGCGACAACUCUCCCGCCCGUGCACGGCGGAACGGAUGUAAGCGACAGGAUAAUGCCGGGAUGCGGAUGCCGAAUGAAUGUUUUCUGAUCGCGCAGUGUUCUACAUAAAGACUGUAUACUGGAGUCCAGGAUAAAGCUCGCGGACGCGCUUGGCAAAUGAGGAGCGCUACGUACUGAGGCCGGCCUCGUGAAUGAACGCACGAGAUGGACGUCUGAAUCAAAGCUGUCAUGGCCCCGUUUCUAUUGAUCCUCCCGUUGCUGGCAUCGUUGCGCCAGCUGAUACAGCCGAUCGACUGCGCGAUCGACCGAGGCGGACCAACGAAGCAGAGCGACGUUGGCGCUUACCUCAGGCCUAAAUCCGUCAAGGAUGUUUUAGCGCAGACUGGCGGCAACGCAUUGCUGCCCUGCCGAUUCAAUGGUCCUGGAAUAGUAACUUGGAUCAGGCGGAAAGACAGACAACUACUUACAGUGGGCUGGGGUACUCACUCCAUAGACCAGCGUUUCGUCGUUGUGCCUGACUGGAGUCUCUUAAUAAAAAAUGUCAAGCACGAAGAUGCGGGCCUUUAUGAAUGUCAGAUACAAACGGAGCCAGUACAGCAGCGAUUCGUAUGGUUAAACAUCACCGAGGCGUACUCGAUGAUACCGGGAGGACCGGAUCUCCACGUGAAACAAGGCUCCAGCUUACGUCUGGAGUGUCAGCUGAUGGCGGCCGCGGAAUCGCCCAGCUACAUAUUCUGGUACCGCGAGAACCGUAUGAUAAACUACGACAACGAGCCCGGCGUUAAGGUCGAACGGACGAGAAACGGCUCGGUACUCAUCGUGGAGAAGAUGAAGCUCACGCACGGCGCGAACUACACUUGCUUGCCGAGCAACGCCAAGCCAGCAUACAUCAUGAUACACGUCAUCGAAGAGGAAGAAAAACCAGCGGCUAUGCACGGAGGUGAUCGGCGAAAUUCCAAGGCAGCAUCGCCGAGCCACGACCUGCUGGCCUUCAUAAUUCUCACAUUUGCUUCGCAACUAAGGCACUUCCUGUAUGUCAUCCGCCACGUCACGUGACUAACGUAAACCACUAUUUUCAUGAAACCGAAGAUAUUAUCAUCCGAGAGCGCGCAAGCGAAUCUCAUAGCGCGAAAACUCAAACAUCUCUUUGUUUUCAAUUGUUCAAGACGUCUUAUCGCGUUUAAGUAUCGAAAAAUACUAUUCCCGAUUCGACACACCUUCCCUCCUCACUCCAUUUCUCUCCUUCCCUAUAUAUCUCUUUGUCUAUUUCUCUCUUUUUCUGCAUGAAGCUGUUUGAGCUGACGAUGAAAUCCAAACGUCGCGAAAGGAGAUAUGACAGGUACCGCGCGGAAAAAUCAAAGAAAAAUCUAUUUGCGAGUAAACUUAAAGCGAGAGAUUCAACUGCAGACAGUUUUUCCGAGAGUCCGUAUCCCCCGGUGAUGAAAUCCAAGAAGGACCGCAAAGUUUCACGUAACCAUGUAACUUUCGUUUAAAGAAAUGUCUUAUCCAAGUGACACCACUUGAUAGAAACUCCGCUUGAACUUGUAACGAGUGAAUAAUAUCCGUGGAAUGAGAUUUGGUCUUCUUUCGACGGGGACGAAUCUGUUCGCCAACUUUGGGGACCAAGUUGGCAGUCUUGUGUCGUUGGUCAUCAUAAACUCUCUUUGAAACAGAAGUUUUUACGCAGAAUCUCAUCGUCCCCGCUCACGUCAAAGUAUCUACAGAAAAUAAAUUAAUUAAUAAACUUUUCGAGAAUGUUGUUUACUUUUUGGUGAAAAAUUAUCAACAUUUUAUACAAUACUAAUUACUUAGAUGUAUUUCAAAAUGUAUUUCCCAUAUUCAAUAGGAAGAUAUCUUAUAGAAAAUGUUAUAGUAAAAAUUAUAGCAAAAUUUUUAUAAUCAUGAACCAUGUAUAUAGAGAUUACGAUCGAAAUUGCUAUAUAUUUACUUAAAAAUAUUAUGCAUAUUUGACUUUUUAUCACAAAAAUAUUGUAAUUGAACGUUUUGUUGCAUAAUGUAAAAUAACUAAAAUUUUUAUUAUAUACAGUAAAGCAAAAAUUUUGCAAUUUUUGUGCAAUUACAUUUGAUACAGUCGUUAAUACGUUAUAUUACAUUUAUAACAACAAUUACAAUAUAAAUAUAGAAAGUUUAAAUAGAUUAUAUUUCGAACGUAUCACCUGAUAUUAUUCAUUACAUUGCAUUCCAAAUAUUAUCGUACCUUCUAUAUAUAUUUUCGCUGUUAAAUAUUAGUAAAAAUAACUUAAUGAAAAUUACUAUAGAAUAUGUUUUAAUCCUUUUUUACAAUACCACGAAUAAAAAAAUAUAUGGAUCCAUUUAAAAAAGUAAAAAAACCUUGACUUUUUUAUAAAAAAGAAUUAUCAAAAUUUUUAUUAUUACUUCUAUUAUUGUUUAUUGCUUUUUUAUUAUUGCUUAUUACCAUAUAAAACGGAUUAUUUAGUACUUUUCCCUGCCUAAUUAUUACAACUGGUGAGAAAAAUAAUGAAUAUGGUUACGAUAAACACCCUAUAUAUCUUUGCGCAACACGAAAAAAAGCUAUAGGAGAGACCGGGACUAGUUGGCUAUCGCAAUAAAUUAUCAAAAUCGAUUAUUUCUAUUAUUCUUUAACGAGUGCAGCAAGCAGGGAUCUCAAAACUAUCUUUGAUGUAUUUAAAAAAUUUGCUUGCUUAAUUCUGUAAGGAAAUAGCAAAACUUGUUAGGAAAUAGCAGAAAUAAUCAAUUUUGCUAAGUAGCUCCGAUCUCCCCUACAACUUAAAUUGCUUAGCAAAUUAUUUUAUCGAUGGUACAUUUUUGCAAUCUGUGUUAUAAUUCUUAGUGGUGUAUUUGUUGAUAUUUGGUAACUCGUCAUAUUUACUAUUUCUACGAUAAUUCCUACAAAUCUUUGCUACAAAACAUUGUAGAAAGAAAUAUAUUUUUAACGUAAUUUUUGCUGCAAAAGUUUCUCCAUGCAUGAGAAUUAAAGAUACAUGAACACAUUUAUAUCAAUAAGAAUAAUAAGACAGUUUUUGUCGCAUCUUAAUAAUGCAUAUAUCAUUACAUGAAUAACAAUUCUUCAAUUUUUGCAGAAUUUUGAAUCCCCUCAGAGAGAUCAUUACGCCUCAAAAAAUAUUACAUCCUAAAAAUAUAUCAUAUCUAUCCAAACAAAUUUAGCUCGUCUCGAGGUAGACAAGUUUCCAUCGCGAGAAUCAGGUAUUAUUUGCUCCUUAUAAAUUUAACAAGUUUCUAACAAGCAGUUUGAUGCAAAUAGGACAUCGAGUUCUAUAAACAAAAGUUUCACAUUCUCUCCUGGUUGUUACCAACAUUCGCAGUAAUAAACUCAUUUAGAAUUGUUAAACAUUAUACAAAAUAAAACGAGAAGAAUUGUUUGAUUUAUAAAAUUUAAGUAUUUCGAGCGACAAGGAGAUUUUCAAGAGUUUAUCAAACAACGCAUAUAAAAAAAAUCUUAUGGACAUCACGGUCAAAAUUACAUCUACAAAUAAGUUAGUGAUUCCUAAUUCGAAUCGUCCGGAGAAAAGGGAAAUUUUUUAUUAUCAGCAAAAUUCCUAAAAGCUGCCAAAACCGGUCAUGUACUUCGAAGUUUGAAUUUAUUGCGCGUUAAAAAGUAAUGUAAAUUCAAAUUAUUUUGUUUCUUACAAAUUCUCGUAUCAUGAUCAUUACAAAUAAUCGAAAUCUUCAUGUUUCAACUGUAGAUCGAAGCAACGGUCUAAAAGAUAAAAUAACUCGAGCUUAUAGUAAUAAUAGUGCAUUUACAUAUAAUAUCCUAAUGGACGAAGAUUGCGAGUGAUUACUAUUAUUUUUGCUGGUAUUCGUAAAAAUAAUGCCUCAAUGAUAUUAUGAAGUAAGACUUGAAUUGGUGUAGUGUUUCUUAAAGAAAUUCGUAAUGUUAAAAAGUACUCACAGCUCAAUAUUUAUUCUAAUUCUUAAGAAAACAUUAUUGUAAACAAAAACUCUAAAGUAUAGUUCUUAAUAUUCCGAUUUCGUUUAAGUUUUACAAUAAAUUAAUAAAUUUACAAGUUAAUUUUACAAUCAUAACUUUUUAUUGAAAACUUGUUAAAGAAAAAUCGUUCCAGUAAAUCAUAUUUGCACACAGAUUGUUAAAUAUAUAUAUAUAUAUAUAUAUAUAUAUAUAUGUAUAUAUAUAUAUAUAAAAUUAAUAUUAUUAUUAAAUUUUAAUAUAGCCGUAAAUGUAUUCCUAUGUCAAUGCCGAUAAAUAUAGAAUGUUAGAAAAAACUGGGGUCAAACUUCAUAAAGCUGUAUUAUUUGUCGACAUCAUGAAUCCAAAAAAACAUAGCCCCAUUUUUUUUCAUCAUUCUACAUACGUGUAUGUAUUCUGAGGAUCAUUUCCAAUGACUUCGUUGGCUUUGUAUGUAUUAAAUUAGAAUAUAUGUGCAUUAAAUUAAGAUGUAUAGCCUAAUAUAAAAAUGUCGUAGCAGUAUAAGAACUAGUAGUAUUACUACUUUUAAUACUUUCGAUCUUAUUCAUGCGAAAAAACGAAUGAAAUGUAAUAUAUAAUUAUGUCGUGCAAACAUACAUAAUAAAAACAAGA